UCUGCUUUGAUUGGUUAAUAUUUUGGUGCGUUCCCUGUACCGGAAAUGAGGUAAAGAAGUCAAGAUGGGGACUCGUGUGAAGGUUCUGAACGUGUUUAAAGCGCUGCACAGGACGAGGCUUGAUGUGUUCAGAGAUGACAACAGAGCACUGACAGCUGCAAGAUUAAAGAUUAAUGAGGAGUUCAAGAAAAACAAAAAUGAAGCAUCAGAGGAAAACAUUAAUAAGAUGAUCAAAAUAGGUUCAGAUGUGGAGGCUGUGCUUCGACAGACUGUGGUGCAAAUGGAGCAUGUGGGAGAAAACAAACUAUUGCUUCGACCCAGAGAAAGCCUUCUACUAGAGAAUGUGCCGUAUUGUGACCAGCCCAGGAAAAAGAAGUCUUAACAGCUGAUUUGACAUUAAAUUAUUCUCAUCAAAAAAGAGACUCAAUAUCCUACAUUAAAAUCCAUCUGCAAUACAACGGCUUUACACAAAAUAUUUCAUGUUGUUCAGAUUAUGGUCUCAUGAAGAAAUGUUUUUGACUUACUGGAGAUCUCCGCUGUUCUGUUUCAAGAAGUCUCUGCUUCAUAGUUUCAUGUUUAGUGUUUUGUCAAAUGUAAUAUAAUGUAUUUCAUUAAAUUUCAUGUAAAAGUG